AGACGCAUUUUUGCCCAAGCAGUUUUCCUUACGCACGCGCAGCGAACGCGGCCAGGCCGCUACCAUGGGGGACUCUCACAGAGAGGUAAGCAACUUGACCCGCAUGGCCACUGCUGCUGCAGCGAGCACCUUGAUCACUGGGGCCUUGGCAUGGACGAGUCCACAGCUCCACAGCCCGGUGGUCUCGUUACGAGGCAGUCCGUCUCCCUCCUCGAGCUCCGCUGCUUCCGGCGCUGGAACCAGCAGCUCAGGCGGAGGAGACUACACGAGGUUGGCACUGGCUUCAGCUGGAGCCGCUGCCCUUGCGGGAAGUGUCGGCGCUCGAAAGGGGAAGCGUGACAUGGGCAGGGCACGUCAGAGGCUUCAGUCGACGAAGACCUCCGUCUUGGAGACGAAGACCGAGGGCAUUGUCGAUGGCAUUGGCGCCAACCCCGCCACCUCCUGGCCUGCUGGAAAGCCGGCGUACACCACCGAAUACACCGAGGAGUAUGACUUGUCCGAUCCCAAGGGUUCCUUUGAGAAGGUGGGCCGCAUGAUCCUCCAGGAGAUGGUCGGCGAGCUGCCGGGUCUCUACGAGCUGCCGCCCAAGGAGGCUUCCUGGGUCGAAAGGUCCUUGGAGUACAAUACGCAGGGUGGAAAGAUGAACCGCGGUUUGAUCGUGGUGGAGACUGGCGUGAUGCUGCUGAAGCACCAGGGCCGCGAGGUGACCAACGCCGACCUGCACCGCUUCGCGGUGCUGGGCUGGGCUGUGGAGUAUCUCCAGGCCUGCAUGCUGAUGGCCGACGACAUGAUGGAUGGUUCCGUCACGCGACGAGGAAACCCGUGCUGGUACAGGCUGCCAGAGGUGGGAUUGCUGAACACCAACGAUUUCCUCAUGGUGGAGAUGUAUGUCUACAAGAUCGUCAAGCGGCACUUUGGAAAGGAGCAGAUCUUUCCUUGGCUCAUUGAUCUCCUCCUAGAGACCACCUUCCAGACGGAGUGUGGACAGCUCCUGGACUCCAUCUGUGCCAACUGUGACUUGGAGGAAUUGACGACCGAGCGCUGGACCUUGAUUGUGAAGUACAAGACCGCCUUCUAUUCCUUUUACCUCCCAGUGGCAUUGGCCAUGUUGGUCACUGGCGUGCGGGACCACAAGGCCUUCGACACGGCACGAGAGGCCCUGCUGCUGAUGGGAAUCUACUUCCAGGCCCAGGAUGACUACUUGGAUGCCUUCGCCAGUCCGGAGGUGCUGGGCAAGGUCGGAACUGACAUCCAGGACAAGAAGUGCAGUUGGCUUUUUGCACAUGCCUACCACGAGCAAAGCACUCCGGAGGCAAAGGCGUACUUGGACAAGCAUUACGGGAACUGCGAGGCCGGUCCAUGCACGACAACGAGCGAACUGACAGUCCUCCAGGUGGCUGGGCACCAUUUGUUUAAUUGUUUGGUUGAAAGCUGGAACUUGAAGAUAUAUACAUGAUCCAUGAUGAUCCCUAAGCAUCCAAAAUGAUCAACAUUCCUUCUCAGAAGGCAUUUGGACCCCCAACACCAAAGUGUCUCCAAUCACCUUCUCAAAAGGUAUGUGGACUCAUAGGCAAAUUAUAAGAAGUGCGAGUACCAGUCUAGAAUUCCUAGAAUGCCUCCUUCAGGUACCAAAACCAACUCGCUUUGAGGUACAGCCCGGAGCCUGCCGGCCCGGCCCGUUAAACUGGCUCCAUCGACUCCGAGCGUGGGUCAAGCAGGGAGUGUUCGAGGUCGGCAGUGAAGAGGAGGAAAAGAUCAAGGACGUUUACAAAGAGCUGGGCCUCCAGGAGUGAAUCGAACGGCGCCCACGGAUGGAUCCGUGUCCGUCCCCGGCCGUGGAUCCGCACGCCCGGUCGACGGGAGUGGAUGCAUGGUUCGGUCUUGGGGGGGGGGGCUCGGCGACGACUUCUGGGACCUUGGGGGACCCUGAAAUUGGAGUUUGGGAUGGAUUUGGGUGGAUUUGAGGUCUGUGGGUGUGAAUAUACAGAGGGUUUUUUGGUUCUGAUAUCUUCUGAUAUAGUCACACAGUUUGACAAGCGCUUGUAACAAAAUAAUAUGCGUAAAUCACUUUAUGUGAUUGUAUCUUGGGUCGAUGUGAUUGAGUUUCUUCGAGAUGUUCGCAGUUCGUAUUGCGGGCAUUUUUGUUGAUAGCCCGGUAGCCCGUCCAUGCUCGAGGAUCUACUUUAAACUUUUAGACAUUCCCUUUUAAAAUCGCCAUGUCGAUUUCUAAUGGUCUGAAGAUGACCUUUCACACGUCCAUGUACGUCCAUGCCCCAGCGAGUCUUCUGGAGAAGAAAAGCUGCAGAGUCAAAGAGACAAGAUGAGCAAAUACCCCAUUUGGAUUGAACAAAUCUCUUCACAUGGAGGAGGUUAUUCAUCAAGAAUCUACAUGUCCCAAAAUGAUCCUAAAUGGUUCACGCGCUGUCCAGCGUAUGGAGGACAGGUUGCGGUUUUUUCCGUGGCCAGGAGCUCUUCGCCAAAUACGAGGCCGACGUCGAAGAUCAGCUUGAGGAGUACAAAGCAAAGGUCCGAGACGCGGAUCUCCCCUGGUCAAUUUUCGAGAGGUUUUUUGAGCUUAUCCACAAACGCAAGAAGUGAGAAGCCGCGCCCAGAACACGGCUUGAGCAUGAGUACUGGGUAGAUCUGGAU